CGUUAGCUUCAGUCGAGGACCGACCGUCGCGAGUUUCAGUCGAACGAAUAAUCAUAAAGUAGCAGCCAUGGUGUACGAAAGUGACUUUUACACGACCCGCCGUCCGUACCGGCCGAGCAGCUACAGCAGCGUCACGCCGCUGUCGUCGUUGUAUUACCUGAGCUCGUUACUGCCGUACUAUCACGUGCCCUACGUCACGUACAUUCCGAGCUUAUCCCAGGCCGAAUUGAUAUAUCGGCCGACCACUCGCACAGUCACCCGACUCGUCACAUACCCGGAUCCGCCGCACCACAUAGUGCGGGUGCGCGUGCGCCCGUCCGUGGUGCUGCGUGAGCUGGACCGCAUCGCCUACCGCCGCCGGCCCGCGCUCGCUGUCUCCGCCGUCGAUGACUUCUUCAGGGCUGAGACCACGAAGGCGUUCGAAGAUGAGAGCCGUCGCAUCCGCGCUGACACAGCCUCUCUACUGCAGCGGGCGCGCUCUGUACUUCCCCGAGCAAAGAGUUUGGCUCCCAGAGAUACCAUCUAUUCCUAUUCUUACGGGGAGCCUGUACCAUACCGAUUCAGCAAUGACGCGUACAUCGCCAGAUUGUUGGUGCCACUACGCAGCGUGUAUGACAACAUUCACAAUAUCUCAUAUUACAGUGAGCCCGCCAAGAGGUUUACCGGACGCGGUAACCUCGCUUGCGUGCACUACUCCGGUAAAAAGGCCUUCUCCAAUCGCUUACCCCUCUACAAGGAAAUGAGCAUCAGGGACGACGUUAACCUGCUCUCGUUUUAUGCGAAGAACAGGCUCGCAGCCGCCGGGCUGGCCGUCGAGAGCGCCACAGUGAAACUGCUUCCGUGGAGGCCGAGCCGCAAGUUCCAGGCGCCGCAGGUCAUGGAAGACCCCGCCCUGGAGCUCAAGGCGGCGAAGGCGGAUCGCGAGGCGAGAUUCCGCGCGACCACGGCUGAGCCUGUGCUGGCUCCAGCUGCUGAUUUAGCCGAAAUCAAGAGGAAGAGGCAAGAAGAGGCUCGUGCUGCUGAAGAGAAAGCAUUGAAAGAAGAAGCUAAACGCGAAGCAGAACGUAAAGCUCAGGCGGAGCGUGAAGCAGCUGAAAAGAAGAGAGCUGAGGAGGAGGCGCGCAAAGCCGAAGAAGCAAAACGUAAAGCCGAGGAAGAAGCCAGGAAAGCUGAAGAAGAAGCACGCAGAGCUGAAGAGGAGCGCCUGGCAGAAGAAGCUCGUUUGGCGGAAGAGGCAAAACUAGCAGAGGAAGCCCGCUUGGCAGAAGAAGCCAAGUUAGCCGAAGAAGCACGGUUAGCCGAGGAAGCCAGGUUAGCAGAAGAGGCCCGGCUAGCUGAAGAAGCGAGGUUGGCGGAAGAGACACGGUUAGCAGAGGAAGCCAGAUUAGCAGAAGAAGCACGACUAGAAGAGGAAAGGCAAGCUGAACAGAGACGGCAAGAAGAGCUAGCUCGAUUGGAAGAACUGGAGAAACAAGCCGAGGAAGAACGUGAAGCAGAACUCGCACGACAGGCUGCUGAAUUAGCAGAAAUCGCAAGGCAAGAAUCUGAAUUAGCUGCCGCCCGCUUGGAAGAACUUUCGAGGAGUGGAUCUGCCGCGGACAACGUCGCUGAAGCCGAUGCUAGUGAAACUGCUGCUGACGAGCCUGAACCAGUUGUAGAAGAACCAGAGACUCCUGAAGCAGCCCCCGAGGAAACCGCGGCCGAGGCAGAAGUCAGUGAAGAUGAGCAAGCAGAACCGGAUGUUACUGAUGAAGAAUAGUCUAUUUCCACUAAGAACGUUUCAAAACAUGCAUUUCAAUCCAUCACUCACACAGGCUAAACGUCAUUUGUGUAUCUAAAAUAAUGUAGGAUAGACAUGAAUGUCGUGGUAGCUUUAUCAUCACAUCUCUGUCUACAUUGCCUUUCCUUUGCAUAUAAAAAUUAUGCAAAUGUGAAAGUUAGAAGAAACAUCAGAACAAUGUUGUUUUCAUGAUGUCACUCAGCUUACAUUAAAUAAAGAUAAAUUAUUUAGAAAUAAAAUUAAAUACACUAAAAAUACUUCUACUAGGUUAAGUGUUUUAUAAUGUUAUAUUUUGUUAAAUUUUAACAAUAAAAGACAAUAACAAAAUGUU